AUUUGCUGUCUGUAUUUUGUCAGGAAUUAUGACUUAUUUUUUGGAAUAUUUGUCAUUUGAGACAUGGAUACUCGUUGGCUUUUUGUUGCUGCUGGCAAGAUAUUAUAUUCAUCGUGAAUGGAGUGUUUUGAGCCGGCUGCAAAUACCUUAUGAUCCACCUUCCAUGCUCAACCUUGGUAAUUUGAGACAAGCGAUGUCGAAUGAGGUGUUUACUUAUGACUUGGACCACAAGGAAAAAUAUGGUUUGAUUUGGGGUUUCUAUGCAUUACUGAGACCCAGAAUAGUUUGUCAUGAUUUGGAAAUACUUCAGCAAAUAUUCAUCAAAGAAUUUUCGAGUUUUCCAAACAGAUCGCCAAAUGCUGCAGGAAUAAACGGGAAAGAAAUGCAAAAUGCUCUGAUAGAAUCAAAAGAUGGCCAAUGGAAACGUAUGCGCAAAACAAUAACUCCAACAUUUUCUACUUCUAAGUUGAAACAAAUGCUCAAUAUUAUGGACUGGUGUGUCAAAAACACUGUUUCAAGUCUCCAGAAAAAGAUCGAACAAACAAAUGGAGUUUUUUCAGCCAAAGAUGUUUUUGCAAAAUUGUCACUCGAUGUCAUAUGCUCAUCCGCUUUUAGUACUGAUGUUAAUUCACAAGAUGAAUCUAAACAGGAGCCUCAAAUCUCUGUCAAUGCAAGAAAUAUUACUAAAAUGGGUAAUGACCCUACUCUUUACCUGAGCAUUUUGUUUCCAUGGAUUGGUCCUAAACUUUAUGAAUACAGCAGAAGGAAACCUGGGAUUCAGUUUUUAAGUAAUGUUUGUAAAAAAAUAAUACAGCAGAGAAAUGAUGAUGAUUCUGUUUCAAACCGGGUGGAUUUACUACGGCUUAUGUUGGAUUCCAAAGUCAAGACUUCUGAUAUAAAUAAGGAUUUGAAAAAAGGAUUGUCAGAAAUAGAGAUCACCGGAAAUUCGAUUAUUAUGAUUCUAGCUGGAUAUGAAACCACCAGUACCACCAUGUCAUUUCUUGCUUAUAAUUUGGCUCAAUAUCCUGAAGUUCAACGCAAGCUUCAAGCUGAAAUUGAUGAAAUGUACAGAACCAAAGGGGUACUUGAUUAUGAUGCUGUUAAUUCUCUUCAAUAUCUUGACAUGUGCAUAAAUGAAAGUAUUCGUCUCUACACACCUAUUCCCAGAACUUACCGUACAAGCAAUAAGGAGAUAACUCUCAGCGGCUUUACCAUUCCCUAUGGUAUGGUAGUUGUAGUUCCAAUUUAUGCUCUUUGUCAUGAUCCAGAGCAUUGGAAUGAUCCCAUGGAAUUUCAACCAGAAAGAAUGGAAAAUAUAAGUGAAAUGCAUCCAAUGCUGUUUCAGCCAUUUGGAAGUGGACCAAGGAAUUGUAUUGGUAUGCGGUUCGCAUUAAUGGAAGUGAAAAUUGCAUUCUGUAAACUUCUACAUGAGUUCACAUUCGAGCCGACAUUGGAUACUCCCAAACCCCCAUUGAAUCUGGAAAUAAAUGGUAACACUAGUCGCUCAGAAGUAAAUUUCAAUCUUCGAGUUGUGCCUAGAGAAAGUUGAAUGGAUAAAUGAUUUUUUAUUUCAAUAAUUACAUUUCCCUAAUUAUGCAGUACGCUAUUCUUCAAUUAUUAUUGAUAUCAACAUCACAAUUUCAGUAGUAGAAAAGCUUAACCCUUUUCAAGAGUCACUGGCAAAUGGGUAAUUUAUGUUGAAGACGAACAUUGGGAAGUGUCAGAACAACUAUGACUUCAGCAUUUUCAGUUGAGGUUGAUGAUGAUAAACGUAUUAUGGAAAAAAUGGAAAUAUGAAAAUUUGAUGAAAAGAUGAUUUUUGAAGAUUGUUAUUUGCGCAUCUACUGUAAUACAGACAUUCAUUCUAGAAUACUUCCAAAAAAGAACCGCAGACCCAGUGUUACUCAACAAAUUGUCAUUUAAUCACACCUUACAUGCUCAUGACAUCAAAAUUUACAAUUGUCUUGUAAACGGUUUAAUAAAAGCAGUUUUUAUAGGCUUAUUGUUUCACAACCCUUAUCUGUAUCAUGCAAUUUGUGUUGCGUCUUUCAAGAUAUUUUGAUUAAUUGUUAGUGCUAACUAAAUUGUUAUAUCUAUUAAGUUCCUAUCCUAUUGUUCUCUCUCUUCUACAAUCACUGUUAAACAUUGUAUUUUGAGCAACUAAAUUGUAUUAUUAUUAGUCUGUCUAUCAACCAAAUCCUACUGUUUGGGUAUAUUGCAGUGUAUUAUUUUAUUUUUUCAAUUGAUGUUAUCAGCAGUAUGUUGCAUUCCUUUUACUUCAAUUCAAUUCAUAUAGUUUGCUAGUAGUGUCCGACGUUUUAUCAUCGCUAAUUCAUUGCUAUUUUUAAUUUAGA